AUGGCCCAAAAUCCUUUGAGCGUCGUGAUUGUUGGGGGUUCUCUGACUGCUAUUUUCCAUGGAAUUACGCCAUAUUCUGUAACGAGUCCCAAUGUCCAGUAUCUCGAUCAGAAUGUCAAAAUUAAAAGCACGUGGAAUAUCUCUAUUGCAAUGACCAGCUGGAAAAUUCUGUACAACGUCAUGAGAGCCAAUUUUGACGGUUUGAAGAGUGACAUCUGCGCUCGUCCUCACAAGGAAAUGGAGCAGCGAGGCUCGGCUAUCUACGAUCACGGGAAGGAGGUGACUGAAGUCGAAUACAAAGAUGGGCUAGUCACUGUCAAAUACCGAGAUACGGGAACUGAAACGUAUGGGACAGUUCACGCUGAUCUUGUCCUUGUAGCUGAUGGAUCUUCUUCAAAAGUACGCCAGGCCUUGCAACCAAAUUUAAAGAUUACUUAUGCCGGGUAUGUGGCCUGGAGAGGAAUUGCGCUAGAAAGUGAGAUUUCGGAGAAAACGAGAACAAAAUUUGCGUACAAAACGACAUUUUUCGCAUACAAAGGCGGCUAUAUUGUUCUCUAUACCAUUCCAGGAGAAGAUGGGAAUACUUCCCCUGGCCACCGACAACUCAAUUGGGUCUGGUACAAUCAACACCCUGAGAGCUCUCAGGAGUACAUUGACGUGAUGACGGAUGUUGAUGGGCGUAGACACCGCAGUGCUUUGCCCAUUGGGAAGGUAGCCCCCCAAAAAUGGGACAAGCAGAAAGCUCUUGCGCUCGAGAUCCUCCCCUUCCCCUCCGCCGAAAUGGUCCAAAAGACCACCAAACCAUUCAUCUCCGCCAUUAACGAUCGAUAA